GCAGGUGCAAGUCCACCUUAAAAAUCGGAUGUCAACGUUCAUGCAGUUUGCAUUUACGUCAACCGCAUCGAGCACGAAACAGAGGCUUUCUUCAUAUUUCUUAUGCCUGAGUCAAAAUAUGGAGCACAUAGCCAGACACGGGUACCGGGUUUAAAACCAAUCUUGAAUGCGACAGCUGCUGAUUUCCUCCCGGUCGUUUCGAAGAAGACACUGUGUUCAUCACAACUACCGCUGCCCAGAGUGCGGCCCAGGCAAGAGCCCACCACCGCCACACCCGGCACCAUGAUGGAGGGGGGCAUGCAGCUACUCAACCGCGAUGGCCACAGCAUCUCGCACAACUCCAAGCGCCACUACCACGACUCCUUCGUGUCCAUGAACAGGAUGCGACAGCGCGGCCUGCUCUGUGACAUCGUGCUCCACGUCUCCAACAAAGAGAUCAAGGCGCACAAAGUGGUGCUGGCGUCCUGCAGCCCCUACUUCCACGCCAUGUUUACCAAUGAGAUGUCGGAGAGUCGGCAGACCCACGUGACCCUCCAUGACAUCGACCCCCAGGCUUUGGAGCAGCUGGUCCAGUACGCCUACACAGCGGAGAUUGUGGUGGGGGAAGGAAAUGUGCAGACGUUGCUCCCAGCAGCCAGCCUGCUGCAGCUCAACGGGGUGCGGGACGCCUGCUGCAAGUUCCUCCUCAGCCAGCUGGACCCCUCCAACUGCCUGGGCAUCCGAGGCUUCGCCGACACACACUCCUGCAGCGACCUACUCAAGUCAGCCCACAAAUAUGUCCUGCAGCACUUUGUGGAGGUGUCCAAGACGGAGGAGUUCAUGCUGUUGCCGCUCAAACAGGUGCUGGACCUGAUCUCCAGUGACAAUCUGAACGUGCCAUCAGAGGAGGAGGUGUACCGUGCCGUGCUGAGCUGGGUCAAACAUGACAUAGACGGACGCAGGCAACACGUACCCUGGCUGAUGAAGUGCGUGCGGCUGCCGCUGCUGAGGCGAGACUUCCUGAUGAGCAAUGUGGAUACAGAACUGCUGGUGCGUCACCACUCAGAGUGCAAGGACCUGCUGAUUGAAGCCCUAAAGUACCACCUGAUGCCCGAGCAGAGGGGAGUCCUGAGCAACAGCCGCACGCGCCCACGGCGCUGUGAGGGAGCCAGCCCUGUGCUCUUCGCCGUCGGCGGUGGCAGCCUGUUUGCCAUCCACGGAGACUGCGAGGCCUAUGACACCAGGACAGACCGCUGGCACAUGGUGGCAUCCAUGUCCACUCGGCGGGCACGGGUGGGUGUGGCAGCCAUCGGGAACAGACUCUACGCGGUGGGAGGAUACGAUGGCACUUCAGAUCUUGCAACUGUGGAGUCCUACGACCCUGUCACUAACUCUUGGCAACCUGAGGUUUCCAUGGGAACACGGCGGAGCUGUCUGGGUGUGGCGGUCCUGCACGGUCUGCUGUACGCUGCUGGGGGUUAUGAUGGAGCUUCCUGCCUCAACAGUGCUGAACGUUAUGACCCCCUGACCAGUACGUGGACCUCCAUCGCUGCCAUGAGCACCCGGAGGAGAUACGUCCGAGUAGCUACUCUGGAUGGUAGCUUGUAUGCAGUGGGAGGUUAUGACAGCUCCUCACACCUCGCAACAGUGGAGAAAUACGACCCCCAGAGCAACACGUGGACGGCCAUCGCCAACAUGCUGAGCCGUCGCAGCAGCGCUGGGGUGGCUGUGCUGGAGGGCAUGCUGUACGUUGCCGGGGGCAACGACGGCACCAGCUGCCUGAACUCGGUGGAGAGGUUCAACCCCAAGACCAACACAUGGGAGGGAGUUGCACCCAUGAACAUACGCAGGAGCACCCAUGACCUCGUGGCCAUGGACGGCUGGUUGUACGCGGUGGGCGGCAACGACGGCAGCUCCAGUCUCAACUCCAUUGAGAAGUACAACCCACGGAGCAACAAGUGGGUGGCGGCCUCAUGCAUGUUCACCCGGCGCAGCAGCGUGGGCGUGGCUGUGCUGGAGCUGCUCAACUUCCCGCCGCCCUCCUCGCCCACCCUGUCGGUCUCCUCCACUAGCCUUUGACACGGGGUCACCGCCCGGCUAACCUCAGCCUCUGCUGCUACAGCCCAGACUGGCUCUGGGAAGAGACGCAACUGCUCUGUGUGAGAGAGGGACGAGGAGGAGCGGAGGGGAGUGAACAGGAGGAGGGAGGGUGUGAAAAAAGGUUCCUGGCUUGGUUUAACAAACGGUACCCUCUAGAAUUACUGGCACCCCCGGUGAAGAUUUGCUGAGUUACAAAAAAGACUCGAAAAAAUAAACACAAUAAGCAUUGAACUUUAAUCUCGGCUCUAAAAGUAUAAAUUGUCAUACAGAGGCAGUUGAAAAAAAUCUGUUUCUAAUGUAUAGUGACAUUUAAUCUAAAAAAACAAAAAACAAAAAAACAAAAUACUAUUGCCUCAUUUGUCAACCUGCAUACCUUUUUACUUAUAUCGAGUACCUUAAAGUUACAUUGCUACCAAAAAAUAACAAUGUACCCUAAAAUGCACCAUAUCUAUCUUGCUGUAAAGUAGUACUUGAGUUAUGGUUUCAGGCUAAAAUCCUACCUCUGAGUCGCAAUAUUUGUUCAUUCAUUUCAUUUUCCAUUAGUGAUGGUUUAUCAUUACUUAAUCAUUGUACCUGCAACAAAGCAGAGAGAAUAACAGCUAAACCUGAGCAUCAUUUAAAUGCAGUGCAGUUAUGGCUUUAUAUUAUAAAUGAAUAUACCUUUAUUCUUAAAAUAUUGAUAGGUUGUAAUGGAAUGAGAUUGUACUUUAUAUAUACACAUAUGUAAGCGAAAUGUACCUGGUGGCAAAUUCCUUUGAGUUGGCUUUGCAACAAAGGAAAACAACAGUCCAUAAUUUUGCAACCACAUUUUUUGAGAAUGGACUACUUUUCUCGGUUUACCUCUUCAACAGUUACUUUUUCCUUUGCAGUGAACAUAGCUGUCUAUCAUAGCUUUUUAUCAUGGCCAUUUCUGGCUCUUUACCAAGGGUGCCAGUCAUUGUGGAAGGCACUGUGCCUGGUCUGGAUCUCUGUACAACUCCAACAAGCUGAUACCAGCUCCCACUCCCUUGAAGAACACAGGAGAAUAAUAUCCUUUCCAUAAAUAUGUGUAAACGUACCCACCAGUCCUUCCUUGCAUCCCACUGUUUUUUCACCUCUCCGGUGUUUGACACACUAUCAUCAAUCGUGGUGGUCACUUAAUUCUGCCACGUGUAAUGUAAACAUUUUUGGUUUAAUGUUCUUGUCCUUACCAAAAGUUUUCAUUUUUAUUUCAGAGGUUGUUUUUGUCAUUAACGUAUCAACGAGAAACUGAUGAUUUCACUUUAGGAAUGUAGCUUUUUACCUAUUAUACCAUGCAUGUUUAUCGGCAUAGUCUCCCAACAGGAGAAUAAAAAUGUUGUAGUGCUGCUAUGCCACACUAGGUGGCAGUGACAGGUAAUGUUAUUCCCCUUCCACAUCACAAGACUGCAUGGACGCACCAACAAGCUAGAAGAGCAAAUGCUACUCAGAGCUGUAAAUGAGUCCUUUUUUUUAUAAGAACAGAGUGGAAUUAUAUUUCUUAUUUAUAACAUGUAGAAAUGGUAAUAUAUUGUUUUAAAGAUGCUUUGAGAAGGAAAUGGACCAGAGCUAUGCCUAUAUAAGAGUGUUUUAAUAUAUUUAUUUUGAUGUGUGACAUGCUUGUCAUGGAUGGAAAUGACGAAGAGAAUGUGUAGGUGUGAGAGAGAGCUAGUUGUUCAGUUGUGCAUUUAGAAGUAGUGCUUUUCCUAGUCAAGAGGACUGAUCAUUGCAUUUUGAUAUGCAGCAUUUCACUUGCAUUUCUUACCGUUUCCUCACUGCCACAGGCAUGAUUUCACAGAAGACGUGUACACCAUGACUGCUGCUUUUGUACAAAAGCCUUUUUGUUGCUUGCCAACCUGUUUACCAGCUAACAAAAAGACUCUGUAUUGUCGUAAACUUUUCAUUUAUUUUUGUCAGAGGACACAAUGGUGGAUAUAAUCCAUGGACCCAUAGGACAGCUUCAAAUGACAUUACAAUAGAAAAUUAUAGUUUACUUACCAACACUUGACACUAACAAGAUACAGUGAAGUGUCAUGCUGUUGACACUAAGGUGCUGUCAUUUUCCCUUCCACACUCUUCAAAGUGUGGUGUCUUGUUGUGUUACCUCAUUCUCGCAUUGUUGAAACAGAUCCAAAACUAAUGCAGUAAAGUUUACCUGGAAACAUGCCACAAUUCAUACAGUUACCACAAACUGAAGUGCAACCGAAUUUAUGUAAGGCAAGAGGUGGAAAGCAGAAACUCUGGUUCCACUCAGUCGAUACUGGCUUACAUCGCGUGGUCGACGGCACCACUGAACCUCCAGGGUCUGACAUAAAUGGAUCACUGAGUCUUUUCGACUCACUUAUGAAUAUCUAGGUUCAAUUAAUGUGUAGCGCAGUGAUACCAUUCCAAACUUCUGAGAAGUUGCCUUUUUCCUUUUUUUUGAAGGAUUUUGUUGAUCUGGUUCUGUUUAUCUAAGACAACCCUAUUCACUUAGGCGUUAGAGAGGAGCCAGUAGAAUUGGGGGCUGUGAUUGUCUUAUGGAGAUGCUUUUCCUCUGUGAUGCCGGUUACGAGUCAGGAACCUCGAGAGAAAGUCACACACAAACACAUAAGACGUUGGCCUCCGUUCUAUGGAUCGAACUGUACAUAGAAAGAUUCCUCAAGUUAUCUUAAAACCAUUUGUGCAAUGUCAAUGUGACUGUAGCUUUUUUUUUAAGUUUGUGUUCAAUGUGGUGAGUAUUGUUUAUUUAUGAUAUGUUUGUUAUUUAUGAAGAACUUUAAAAUAUUAAAUUUUGCACUAUUGCGAAAUGGAGCAAUACACUACAAAAGAAAUAAAGAUGUUUUCAGGUGUGA